GUGUGGAAACAGAUGAUGUAUGAAAGGUUCCUCCUGAACCGAAGGAGCAGCUGCUCUGUUAUUAAUCUGUUCUCGGCGAAAUGAAAUGACAACUGGAUUCGUUUGAAAGCGAGGAAACUACAUUUCCAGCUGUACUUGUGUGCAGGUCGGGUUGUCAGAGGAAUCACUAAACUCAGAUGGGUCAAGCACUGUGGAGGCUGCCUCCUAGACAACAGCAGCAGCUUCAGGAAGAGCUUGCAGACCGACUAGCUGACCGAGGAGGCGGAGGCGGAGGAGGAGGAGGAAGACGAGAGCAAGGGAAAGAUGGAGGUCACCAGAGAAGAGUGCCUCAGCAGUGUUAUGGCCCAGACAUCUACCAUCUGCUAAGAACACGCAUGGGUGGUAAGGAACAGCAUGGAUUUAUAGAUUUGGAGAUGUUGCCCCCUGAAUUAGGCAUCACCAUACUGUCGUACCUGAAUGCUACUGAUCUGUGCCUGGCCGGCUGUGUGUGGCAGGACCUGGGAAAUGACGAAUAUCUCUGGCAGGGGCUGUGUAAAUCCACAUGGGGACACUGCUCCAUCUACAACAGAAGACUACCUGCUGGUUUCUCAUAUAGAAGACUCUACCUACAGCUAGAUGAGGGCAGCCUGACAUUCAACGCAAACGCACAGGAGGGUAUCAGUUACUUUAUGUCUAAAGGUAUACUAGUGGAUCAUCCGACAGAGCUGGCAAAAUUCAUCUUCUACACUAGACGGCUCAACUGGAAGAUGCUGAGGAUUUACCUGGAUGAGAGGCGGGAUGUCCUGGACGAGUUGGUGACCCUCCAUAACUUCAGUAACCAGUUCCUCCCCAACGCUCUGCGGGACUUCUUUAGGCACAUUCACGCACCAGAGGAGAGAGGAGAGUAUCUGGAAACUCUCAUCACCAAGUUCAGCCACAGGUUUUGUACCUGUAACCCUAGCCUUGUCCGAGAGCUGGGCCUCAGUCCUGAUGCUGUCUAUGUGCUGUGCUACAGUCUCAUCCUACUGUCCAUCGACCUGACCAGCCCCCACGUCAAAAACAAAAUGUCCAAGAGGGAGUUUAUCAGGAACACUCGCCGAGCAGCACAUAAUGUGUCGGAUGACUUUGUAGGCCACCUCUAUGACAACAUAUACCUGAUUGGCCACGUGGCGGCAUAGCUCUGCCUGCCGGCUGUCCAGUCGAUACCCUCAUACUGCACUGAAAAUUGGGAAUUGGUGAUCGGGUUCCUCUAUAUGUCUGGAAAGUAUGGGACAUUGUGGAAAUGGAUUUUAACAAUUUUCAUGACAACCAGUAAAUCUUACUAGAAAGGUUAGAAAAACAAAAUUCACCAAUGCACUGUGAGACAGACUGUGCUACCAAAUAUUAGUAAUGAUUCUAAUCAAAGGCGCGCAACAUCAGAAAUGUCUUUAAAACCAAGUCACUGCAAAGAAGGAGGUUUUAAAAUGGAACCAUGAAGACGAGCUCUGAUAACUGCACUGACUGAUGGUGACUACUGAUUGGUGGAGGGAGGAGGUGGAGCACUGCCCCUCAGCCUGUCACAGACGCCGGGACAGUCCUGCUUAUUUCCUAUUGGACAGCUGCUUAACGUUCACCAGUAGGACAUACACUGGCCCGUACUUAUAAGUGACACAGCGAGGCUAACACAAGACCACUCACUAAUAUCACUAGUAGCAUUUACCAGUGUGACUAAUGACAAAGCUGCAUUGGAGCUAUUCUGCAAAUCAGUUGACCUUGAUACCUCGUCCAGUGGUACCAACCUGAAUGUCCCAAGUGUCAAGAUUCAACUAGAUCUGGUUUUCUGUUGGGUUUUUUUCUUUUCUAUAACACGAGUAAAAUGAACAACACAUUGGGUCUCAUGCAAGAACAUUUGCGUAUUCCUAUCCUAAAUCUCUUUUACUUUUUUCCAUUGAGGUUUGCUUGUAUGUGUUCUAAGUCAGAAGCACCAAAUUGCACAAACUUGAUGUAAAUGGCUCGUUUUAUUCUGAUUAAUGUAACUUAUUGAUGAAGAGGAGUACCCUUGUUGUAUCUGAUAAUUAGCAUAAUUAGCACCCCUUUAAAUUGCAACCUGUUCCACUUCCCAUAUGGGCAGAAAUGUUAAAGGUACAGUUCACCCCAAAAUCAAAAAUACAUAUUUUUCCUCUUACUUACAGUGCUAUUUAUUAAUCUAGAUUGUUUUCGUGUUGGUUGCUGAGUAUUGGACAUCUGCCCUCUCUUUAAUGUGACAGAACUAGAUGGCACACGGCCUGUGGUGCUCAAAUCGCCAAGAAAAUACAUUUGAAAAACUCAACAGCAAUGUCUCUUUCCAGAAAUCAUGACCCGGUUACUCAAGAUAAUCCACAGACCUUGUUGUGAGCAGUUUCAUGUAGGAACUAUUUUCUUUCUCUUGAGCUACAGACACCAAUUGUAGAAGGAAGCAUGCAUCUACUGCUAGCUCACCUAGCACUACUCAGCUAGCUAAGGCUACAGCUCGGCUGAGGAGUAAGUUCCUUUAUAUUCAAGAAAAGGUAGACAUGUGUAUUGCCGGUACAUCCAACACUGCAACUCAAACCAAUACAAAAGAAAAAAAUGUGCAUUUUUUAUUUUUGGGCGAACUGUCCCUCCCAAAAAGAAUUUCAAACAGCAGAGCUAAGCUACAACAAAUGAUAAAAUCUAAAGUACCUCUCAGAAAUUGGUAAGCUAUGAUAUCAAUGAGAUGAUGUUUAGAUAAUCAAUUUAGCACAAUUAAAUUUGGUUUAGUUUUCUGUUUUAUUUCAGUUAAUUUCAGUCUCAUAUUUCACUCAGAUUUCAGAUAAAGGCAGUGUAAUUCUUAAACAAGUGUUUUUUCCCUACAGACUAUCUGUAUGUGGCUCGUGUGACAGGUGUGGACCACUUGUGAAAUUGAUUUGUAGCUAAGAGAAAAUUACUGGUACAAGGAAAUUGAUGAAUGCCACAAAUGUAAAAUUUUUUAAUACACAAGAAAUCCAAAACAACAUACAUUCAGAUGAAUUGUUUUAUCUUAAAUCUGAUGGUCACCCAGGUAAAAGCGAAGUCGCACUUAGUAUUUUCAGUUUUAUGAGAGCCAACUUACUAAUAUUUUGUGCAAGCUUUGUUCUGAUUAUGAGAGAAAUUGAAUGUAUUUUUUUUCCCAUGACAUUAGGGAAAUGUAUAGUCACAGUGAGGUGAGCUUGGAGGUGACACGCUUGUUGUGUAGCAGACAGAUUACAGCAGUUUUGGUGUUAUGCUGCUUAAUGAGGGCGGUAAAUAGUGAUGAACCUGGCUCUAAACCUGGCAUCAUUAUCAAGGAAAAGGCUCAAGUCAAGUGUGGAGAAAGAUAAUGUUAAGUAAAAAAAAAUUAAGGAGUUCCAUCAAGUCAUCUGCAAUUCCUGGCUCUGGAACAAAACCACUGGCUGUGGACAACAGUGCACUUAACUGUAUGAGGUUUAUGAAGUUCUUGUGUUUUGAAAUUAAUCCUGCUAUAAUUUCCUAUUUUUGCACAGUGCCCAUGUAUUUAUCCCCCAGUUCCCACAGUUUUAGCUUUAGGCCCCAAAGUCAUAGACUUCCAUUGUCUGAAAAACGGCCCACAACAACAAAGCUAUUGCUGCCAUGACAUAAUGGCAUAAUCCAUCAAUUUAAAUUAGACAUGUAGUUUUAUAAUGACUGUGAAACACCACAACCGCUGCAGCUGUAAUCCCGUCAGAGGUGGUGUCAUUCUUCCAGGAAUGAAUGGAGAAGAUUAUUAUGCAUCUCACAACACGACACCAUCCCUUAUUAUUUAGCCUUCCAUUCAUGGUAACUAGCAGCGCACAGUCAUGGAAGAAGGAGAAACUCUUCAUAUUAAACACUAUAAUUAGCAGUGUGGUGAAGUAAUAGGUAAAAUAUAGUGUAAAUUUAAAUGAUGGAUUACGUUUGUCAGUGCAGGGAUAUGUGUGAGUUGUUUUUAAUGAAUUUUUGAAUAGCGGAAGCCUGUUACAUCUGGAGGGCAACUAACCCAAUGAAACCAACCCAGAAGAAAUGUUGCCGUUGUACAAUUCUGCAAACCACAGAUACAUUUGCACGUUAUUGUGCAGCAUACAUUGAAACUUCACAAUUUUAACAGCGCUGCAGUCAAUGUGUGGUGAGGUUUGGAAACGAAAACCACUUAGUUUUGGUGAGGAAAAGACCAUGUUUUGGCUCAGAUUACCUGCUUUUAGUGGCACAGUCCUGGCAGGAAAUGCAGCGAUGUCCUGGUAAAAAAACAACUACUGUUCAUGUCACCAUCACUGCUGAAAGCACAGCCACAGGUUGCUAAGAGACACUCACAUUUGGUGCCUAAAAAGCCGCUGGAAAUAGUGAUGACUCGCUAAAACACAACCACUUUUGUUGUUUGUUGGUCUCAAGCAGUGGUAUGCUGUCAGUUAGGUGACACCCCAUCCACCAUCUCCUUCAAUCAGCUCAUAUACUACGUCACUUUUGAAACAUGACAUAUAUGAAAUAAAAAUGGUUUGCAGAAACAUACAACGCCAACACUUUCCUCUGGUGCCUGGGCUGAGGGCAACACUACCAUAGAGAAGAUGUGGCGCCUGACAUUACAGUAUGUAAAAGCCAAUCUGGAGAGUGUAGAAAAUAUUUUAAUCGGGUCAUAUUGACACUUAAAACUUUCAAACGUGAAAUAUUUUCAGCUGUUGCUUUUUGAAAAUGAAUAAAUGAAACAAUGAUGCUCAUCAGACCUGAACGCAGCCUUAUAGUCACUCUGUGCUAGUAGCGUCGAGUCCCAGCAGCUCGCAUGUAGCCGCAGCUAACAGUGAGGCGUCACAAUGCUCGCUGAUUGUAACCAUGGAAACAGAUGGGAUGACACAGAGAAGCAGUUUUGUAUUAAAACUUUUUUUUAAAUUAAGGGUUUAUAUCAUAACCUAGUUAGCCAUUGCAAUACCAACAUGUAUAUACUUUCUGAUUUUGAGCCUCUUCAUUAGAUUGUAAAUCUGACCAUGAGUGAACUCAAAACAUGACAUGUAUUCAUUAUUGCUGAUGAUGCACACUGAUUUAGAGCUAUAUCUUCAUUUGUUUUAUUUAAAUUAUGAAGGAAAUCCA